CUCUGGGCAGAGCUGCAGCUGCUUUCCAGUGUUUAUGUGGGGAAAACUGCUGUCGGGUGACAACGGGUGACAAUGGCAACAGAAGUGCCGUUGGCAGAAGAGCAGAGCUCUGCAGAGGCCAGUGACUGCUGGCAGCUCUGCUCUCGUGUCAGAGGGGAGGUUGGCUGCCGAGGUAGCAGGUUUUUCGAUUGCUCCCUCCGCCUCGUGAGGCGGGAAGGGCAGCAGCAUCCAGGCCUAUCAGUUUGGCACGGGUUACGUCAUGGACUGAGGCAAAAUAUCAAAGCAGAACGUGGUGAGGUUAGUGUGUUUCUCCUCUUUGUCAAGUAGCCACUUGAGGAAAUUGUAGCCAGCUCCUUCCUCAGCCUGCGUUACCCUCUGGCACCCGCAGAAAGGGAUAGUGCUGUGCGCCCACCCUGCCCGAGUGCAGCGGCACGGCCAGCAGGAACCAGUUCCACUACACCCGCAGGAGCAGCGGAGCGAAUGGGAGCAGCAGAACUUGUUCAGCAUUUGGUAUUUCUCAAGCCUGAUCUGCCAGAGCUGAACCCGACCUUUAGCUCGGCCUUCAGAGCUUUGUACCAGCCAGAAAGGAAGAGGUGUUCAAACCCUGUUUAACCCAGCAGACUUAAUUACUGAUUGGACUUCAUGAACAUAAAUUCCUGAGCUUGCUGAACUCCUCAGCCCCUCUGCUUUCCACCAUGGACCAGGAUUACGAGCGACGUCUCCUGCGCCAAAUCAACAUACAGAAUGAAAACACAAUGCCUUGCGUGACAGAGAUGAGAAGAACCCUUACGCCUUCCAAUUCUCCAAUGUCUUCUCCUAGUAAGCACGGUGACAGAUUCAUUCCUUCAAGAGCUGGGGCCAACUGGAGCAUCAACUUCCACAGAAUAAAUGAAAACGAAAAAUCACCAAGUCAAAACAGAAAAGCCAAGGAUGCUACAUCGGACAAUGGCAAAGAUGGCCUUGCUUACUCUGCCUUACUGAAGAACGAACUCUUAGGAGCAGGGAUCGAGAAAGUACAAGACCCCCAGACGGAAGACAGGAGGCUGCAGCCGUCCACCCCGGAGAAGAAGUCUCUCUUCACUUAUUCGCUCAGCACAAAGCGGUCUAGUCCAGAUGAUGGCAACGAGGUCUCACCGUAUUCCCUGUCUCCUGUCAGCAACAAAAGUCAGAAGCUGCUAAGAUCACCUCGAAAGCCAACUCGGAAAAUCUCAAAGAUUCCCUUCAAAGUGCUGGAUGCCCCAGAGCUGCAGGACGACUUCUACCUGAACCUGGUGGACUGGUCUUCUCUUAACGUCCUCAGCGUUGGCCUUGGGACUUGUGUUUACCUAUGGAGUGCCUGUACAAGCCAGGUAACCCGGCUGUGCGACCUCUCUGUGGAAGGAGAUUCUGUAACAUCUGUGGGCUGGUCAGAACGGGGGAACUUGGUAGCCGUUGGCACUCACAAGGGCUUUGUGCAGAUCUGGGAUGCAGCUGCAGGAAAAAAGCUCUCCAUGCUGGAGGGGCACACAGCCAGAGUCGGUGCCUUGGCAUGGAAUGCAGACCAGCUAUCCUCUGGGAGUCGAGACAGGAUGAUCCUGCAGAGGGACAUCCGCACCCCACCCCUGCAGUCCGAGCGGCGGCUCCAGGGCCACAGGCAGGAGGUCUGUGGGCUCAAAUGGUCUACGGACCACCAGCUCCUGGCCUCCGGAGGAAAUGAUAAUAAGCUCCUUGUCUGGAAUCACUCCAGCCUGAGUCCUGUCCAACAAUACACAGAGCACCUUGCGGCAGUAAAAGCUAUCGCCUGGUCUCCACACCAGCACGGACUCCUCGCCUCCGGCGGAGGGACGGCUGACCGCUGCAUACGCUUCUGGAACACGCUCACCGGGCAGCCUUUGCAGUGCAUCGACACAGGGUCGCAAGUGUGCAACCUGGCCUGGUCGAAACACGCCAACGAGCUAGUGAGUACCCACGGAUACUCGCAGAACCAGAUCCUCGUCUGGAAAUACCCCUCGUUAACUCAAGUAGCAAAGCUAACAGGGCACUCGUACCGAGUCCUAUAUCUGGCAAUGUCCCCUGAUGGGGAGGCCAUAGUUACAGGAGCUGGAGACGAAACCUUGCGCUUCUGGAAUGUCUUCAGUAAAACUCGCUCGACAAAGGAGUCCGUAUCCGUUCUCAACCUGUUCACCAGGAUACGAUAAACCCCUGUCCUGCGGCCCAGGAGACGACAGCCUGCCAUGCCAGGAUCAAACCACUACCUUGGUGUGCAUGGAACCCCAAACGAUCAGCCCGAAGGGGAGGGAGCGCCAGUGGGACUGGAGGAUGGACCCAACAGAUGCUAAUUAAAUACGUGCUUGUGAACCACGCUGGGCAGUAUUUGGGAUGGGUUCGGGGAGGGGAGGGAACUGCUGAAGAUUUAUGGAUUCAUCCUUCAUAGAGGGAAACGGGUACAAGAGAAACGUUAAACCAGCGUCCUCCAACCCUCGUGCCGUGUACUGGAGAAAAACGAGCGUGACCUGGACCCUUGCGACCGGACCAAGGCCAUCCCAGCUGCUGCGUUGUCCCUCCUGGGAGAGGCGAGAGUAUCCCUGCCUCGCUGGGAGCAGGUUUAACGUGCUGCUCUGCGUCCCCCUGUCCCCCGGGGGGCAGCUUUGGAGGUAGGAGCCAGCCGGACUUGUUCAGUACAACUGGUGCAAGGGGGCCGAACUCCUGGCCGGGCCUCGGCCUCUCUGCUUACCUGUGGGCAUUGUUUGUAGCCUGGCAUCCCCGUUCGUGAAGAAACCGGAGAGCUGCUUAUUUUUAUUUUUAUUCCCCCCCCCGAUCAGUACUGUAGUGCUUUGUAUGAUCGUCCCCGUCAGGCAGCUUGAUUUUUGGGAUGCGUGACAGCUGCCUUCAAACAUACCAUUUGGGGCUCUAAACUUCGGAGGAGUCAUGAAGAGCCUCCACCUCCGAGGGAGCACAUUUGGGAUGUUCUGAAAUUGCCGUUGCGUGCUCUGGGCUGAUCCUUUUAGUUAACAGAGAGGAAAAACAAUGGCUUAAAAAAAAAAAAAAUCAGACCAACCACCGUGCGCGUGGAUCUUCCCGGGGUGCCCUCCGAGGCAGGCUGGUUGCUCUGGAGUCUUCCUGAGGACACAAGCAGUUGAGGUGUGUUUGAGAAACAAAACAGCUCGGGCAGAUCUGUGUUUCGGAGGGAGCGUGGCCUCUCCUGGCUGGAAGGGGAGAAUCGCCAUGUCUGGGCCGGGGGGGGCGGCGUUUUCUAAAGCAAGGAAGAAGCGUUGCUUUUUUUUUUUUUAUCUCUGAGUCAAAGCCAGGGACCUGUUGUUGGGUUUUUUUUUGUUUGUUUGGGUUUAUUUGUUUGGAGGUUUUUUUAAGUUGUUGUAUGGGAAGAGAGUGUCUGCUUGUGUGAUGAGUGCCGUGGGGCGUGACGCAAAGCCGUUGUCUGUGUGUGUUGCUUUUAAUUUAAAGAGAAGCCGUUGUGCUUGCAGCAGCCCGUUCCUGUGUACCUGUGCCAACGCUCUCCCGCCGCACGCCCGGCUCCUGCCCGCCCCGGCCCUCUGGCGCGCUGGGGUGCGAGCGCUGUCCCUGUUCCCCUUCGGAUUUUCCUGGCUGUGUAUAUAGACCUUGACCUGUUCUCUGUAGUGUGCGUAGGUAAUGCUCUUCCCCCUCAACACCUCUUUUCUUUUUUUUUUUUUUUUUUUUUUUCUUUUUU